CGCGUGGCGGGCUGGCGGCAGGAGGCGGGUGGGUGAAGGUAUAUCGGUACUACAGAGUCCCUGAUAGGGGGUUUCGGGAAGCGCUUGGACCCUGGCUUCUGGGACGCGUCAGAAUAUUAUCCAGCAAUGCAAAUGAACAAACUAUAACUACACACAGCUGCAUGGACAAAUGUCAGAAACAUGACGUUGAGUGUGAGAAGCCAGAUGCAAACGAGGACUCACUGUGCAAUUCCGUGCAUGUACAGUGGCCAGGAGAAGGGAGCGUUGGCUUUGCUUUCAUCAGGCCAAAGAUGCCUUUCUUUGGGAAUACGUUCAGUCCAAAGAAGACACCUCCUCGGAAGUCGGCAUCUCUCUCCAACCUGCAUUCUUUGGAUCGGUCAGCCCGGGAGGUGGAGCUGGGCUUGGAAUAUGGAUCCCCCACUAUGAACCUGGCAGGGCAAAGCCUGAAGUUUGAAAAUGGCCAGUGGAUAGCAGAGACAGGGGUUAGUGGCGGUGUGGACCGGAGGGAGGUUCAGCGCCUUCGCAGGCGGAACCAGCAGUUGGAGGAAGAGAACAAUCUCUUGCGGCUGAAAGUGGACAUCCUGUUAGACAUGCUUUCGGAGUCCACUGCCGAAUCCCACUUAAUGGAGAAGGAACUGGAUGAACUGAGGAUUAGCCGGAAGACCAAGAUAGAGAGAAUGUUUAAUACAGAAGAAAUUGGAAAAGGAUCCACAUACACGCAAGGUGCAAAUCUUCAGGUGCAGAUAAUAGGAGCAGUGGAGUUUGCUUAUGCCUCGGCUGGUAUCAAUGGGGACCCUUUAUUAAGUACUCCCGAUGCCGGACACCCCCCGAUGCCGGACACCCCCCGAUGCCGGACACCUCCCCGAUGCCGGACACCCCCCGAUGCCGGACACCCCCCGAUGCUGGACACUCCCCGAUGCCGGACACCCCCCGAUGCUGGACACCUCACUCACAUGACCCUUUUUCAAGUUUGUUAUCCCCAUCGCCAUUUUUUAGAUGAAGAAACCAACCCAGCACGGUGA